AUGACUGGUAAUGGUGGUAGUGGUGGUAGCAACGCUGUUGGUGAUAGUGACACCGCUGUUGGUGAUAGUGACACCGCUGUUGGUGAUAGUGAGAACGCUGCUGGCGAUAGUGACACCGUUGCUGGCGAUAGUGACAACGCUGCUGGCGAUAGUAACACCGCUGUUGGCGAUAGUGACACCGCUGUUGGUGAUAGUGACGCCGCUGUUGGCGAUAGUGACACCGCUGUUGGCGAUAGUGACACCGCUGUUGGUGAUAGUGACGCCGCUGUUGGCGAUAGUGACACCGCUGUUGGCGAUAGUGACACCGCUGUUGGUGAUAGUGACGCCGCUGUUGGCGAUAGUGACACCGCUGUUGGCGAUAGUGACACCGCUGUUGGCGAUAGUGACACCGUUGUUGGCGAUAGUGACACCGCUGUUGGCGAUAGUGACACCGCUGUUGGCGAUAGUGACACCGCUGUUGGUGAUAGUGACGCCGCUGUUGGCGAUAGUGACACCGCUGUUGGCGAUAGUGACACCGUUGCUGGCGAUAGUGACACCGCUGUUGGCGAUAGUGACACCGUUGCUGGCGAUAGUGACACCGCUGUUGGCGAUAGUGACACCGUUGCUGGCGAUAGUGACACCGCUGUUGGUGAUAGUGACACCGCUGUUGGCGAUAGUGACAGCGCAUAA